AUGGUCCCCAAGGUUCCUUGCCCCUUGCUCGUCCUCACCUUUACCUGCCGGGCAACCCGCCCGCCCUGUAUUCACGUGCUUGCCGGUCAGUACCCGUACAUAAUACUCCAGCCCACUUACCCGCACCCGCACCCACCCGCACCCGCCCGUCGGUACGUCAUCGGGGCAGUCGCAGCCACAGCCGCAACAGCAGCACUCCUUCGAUGCGAACCCGAGACCAACGUCGCAGCAGGCGCAUUCGGGGCAGCUCUUCCCUCUACACUUCAGCCGACCCGAAAAUUCGCCCGUCUGCACUCCCCUAACCCAUCUGCCAACCGAGGGUCCUCAGCCGUACUUUACGAGUUCUCUUACAUACUUGGCCGGCUGUGGUACCUGGAGCUCGAAUUUCGUCGAAGCUGCCCCUAA